GUGUUUUGGGCGAUGGGCGGGGUGUGGACGCCUUCGCUAUGGCAGCCCGCGGUCUUUCUCAGUCUUGGGCUUCCUGACGCCUCCAGCAAGCGAGGUCUCUUGGGCCAGCUUCGCAGUCAUGUACCCACCGCCGCCGCCGGCGCCUCACCGGGACUUUAUCUCGGUGACGCUGAGCCUGGGCGAGAGCUACGACAACAGCAAGAGCCGGCGGCGGCGCUCAUGCUGGAGGAAAUGGAAGCAACUUUCAAGGUUACAGCGGAACGUGAUUCUCGUCCUCCUGGGCUUUCUGAUUAUCUGUGGAUUCUUGUCUUAUCUUCAGGCGGCUGACCAGUGGAAAGCACUGAGUGGCACACCUGCAGAAGAGCAGAAGAUGAAGCCGGAAGUCCCACCUGUCCUACCAGCUCCUCAGAAGGAAGGCGCUAAAGCAGAAGAGUUUCCGGCCGUAGUCCCCCAGAAGCAGCAAAGGCAUUUCCGGAGGGGCCCACCCCACCUGCAGAUCAGACCCCCCAACACAGUCUCCAAGGAUGAAACCCAGGAUGAUGCUAAGGAGAAGGAGACAGCCCUGGGGGAUGCUCAGCAGGAGGAAAACACACAAAGGACCAUCAUCAGCUGGCGGGGAGCAGUGAUUGAGCCUGAACAGGCCACUGAACUCCCUUCAAAAAGAGCUGAAGCCUCCACCAAACCUCCUUUUCUGGCACCUAGGAUGUGGAAAAAGCCAGGUCCCCCGAAUGAGCGCCAGAAAGGGGUCAUUGAGGCCUUUCUCCAUGCUUGGAAAGGUUACCGAAAGUUUGCUUGGGGCCAUGAUGAACUGAAGCCUGUGUCCAAAACUUUCAGUGAAUGGUUUGGCCUGGGCCUCACCCUGAUCGAUGCCUUGGAUACCAUGUGGAUUUUGGGUUUGAAGAAAGAAUUUAAGGAAGCAAGAAAUUGGGUGUCAGAGAAAUUAGACUUUAAGAAAAAUGUCGAUGUCAACCUGUUUGAGAGUACCAUCCGCAUCUUAGGGGGCUUGCUGAGCACCUACCACCUCUCGGGGGACAGUCUCUUCCUGAGAAAAGCUGAAGAUUUCGGAAAGCGGCUAAUGCCUGCCUUCACCACACCCUCCAAGAUUCCUUACUCUGAUGUCAACAUUGGCACUGGAUUUGCCCACUCACCGCAGUGGACAUCGGACAGCACAGUGGCAGAAGUGACAAGCAUUCAGCUAGAGUUCCGGGAGCUCUCUCGUCUCACCGGAAAUAAGAAAUUCCAGGAGGCCGUGGAGAAAGUGACAAUGCACAUCCACUCCCUGUCUGGGAAGAAGGACGGGCUGGUACCCAUGUUCAUCAACACGAACAGUGGCCUCUUCACCCACCCAGGAGUGUUCACCUUGGGUGCCAGGGCUGACAGCUACUAUGAGUACCUGCUGAAGCAGUGGAUCCAGGGUGGCAAGAAGGAGACACAGUUGCUGGAAGACUAUGUUAAGGCCAUUGAGGGGAUAAAAGCACACUUGCUACGGCAGUCUCAGCCUGGAAUGCUCACCUUCGUGGGAGAACUUGCCCAUGGCCGCUUCAGUGCCAAGAUGGACCACUUGGUGUGCUUCCUGCCAGGGACACUGGCUUUGGGCGUCCAUCAUGGCCUGCCAGCUGACCAUAUGAAUCUGGCUCAGUCACUCAUGGAGACCUGCUACCAGAUGAACCGACAGAUGGAGACAGGGCUGAGCCCUGAGAUUGCACAUUUCAACAUGUACCCUCGGGCAGAUCAUAAGGAUGUGGAAGUCAAGCCAGCUGACAGGCACAACCUGCUGCGGCCGGAGACGGUGGAAAGCCUGUUCUAUCUCUACCGUGUCACAAGGGACCGCAAGUACCAGGACUGGGGCUGGGAGAUCCUGCAGAACUUCAAUAAGUACACACGGGUCCCCUCAGGUGGCUAUUCUUCUAUCAACAACGUCCAGAAUUCCCAGAAGCCUGAUCCCAGGGACAAGAUGGAGAGCUUCUUUUUGGGAGAAACGCUGAAGUACCUCUACCUGCUGUUUUCUGAUGACCUGGAGCUGCUCGGCCUGGACACCUGUGUGUUCAACACAGAAGCCCAUCCUCUACCCAUCUGGACUCCUGCCUAGCAGGGUAGCACCUGGGCUGGUGACCAAUGGCAGACUGAGGUGGGCCUAGCGGGUCUGUGACUUUCACAGGGCCCAUGUAGUUUUGGGCAGCCAUCAAAUGUGAUGCUCCUGCCCAGUUCUAGGCCCCUCCCGUCUCAGCUUUUCGUGAAGAUAUUGGGGGGGAACAAGAGUCAGAUUAGCAGGUAUGGGAUUCAGGCUAACCAGUCUACCAGAAGCCUUGGACUUCCUUAAACUCAUGUCAUGACUCCUGGUUCCUGUCCCCAAAUGACCCUAGUGGCUGGCUGCAAGCAGCCCCAUGGUAGUCCCAAGACUACCUCCUGGGACCACUCAGGACCCCAGUGCCUGUGUUGAGUUCAGAGGGAUAGCCCAAGUCAGUGAGGUGCCAGGCCUGGCCUGACGGCCUGUGCAAGUCCUGACCCACAGGUCUGGUGGGUCUUGUGGCUCUAGUGUUUACGGGUUGGACUCAGGGAUCCUCCUGGCUACCCUACUGGGCUGGCAGGGGUUAGAACAGCAAACUUGUCUUAUUUCCAGGAUACCCUGGUAUAAUGUGAUUUCUCAGCUGAGAUGAAAGUGGACUUGGUCCCACUGUAAUGGUCCUGUGUUGGGGAGGGAGUGGUAUCUGGACUGUAAAGUCUGGACUGGCUGUAAGGGACAGCAGGUUCUCUGGGUAACACUGCAGUAACUGCCCCUAGAGUUAGAGCUGCUGUUCACUUCAGGUCAGAAGAGUGGGGAGAGCAGACUUUGGGGACAUUCUACAGAUAGGCCAGAAUGCUUGGUUUGUGCUCUCAGAAUGGUCUGAAUACCACCAGCUGACUGGUCGGAGUACAUUGUGGAGGAGGCACACCAGCAGAAGCAUGUACCUUUCUCUUUCUCAGAUGUUUGUGCCUUGGUGUGGGAGCCCAUGGACACGAGGGUAGGGUAGGCCCUAUCUUUGAUAUGUUGUUAGUGGGCUGUCCCUGGGCCUUGACUGGUAGUCCCCCAUCCAAGACCAGGGUAAUUUCAUACAGCAGUGUAGGGUAAACUUUACAGAACCUAAGGCACCUCAAGGCUCUCGGCCUGUGUUCCCUGUGCACCCAAGAUCUGGAGGUUUGACCUGCUCCCCAUCUGCAGCUCAGAGCAUCUCAGUGGCAGCCACCUUGUGCCUCUGAGGCACACUAGUUGCCCCGGGGACUUCCUGUCAAUCACUUGUACCCCAAACCAGCUCUAAUCCCAAAGGUGUCUACAAAGAAGGACCUGCCUGGUGACAUAUCCUUAGGACUCACUCUUGUGUGUAGAGGCUGCCUCCCCACUUUGGGCUGUAUCCCUUCCUGUUGAUGUUGGCCUUUCCCCAUGUUGUCCUCUGGACCAGGAGCCCCAUAGACUUGUGAAUGGGCAGCCUUAGGCUUUGGGCAAGGCCUGAGCAGUUGAUAAUUAUGUAUUUUCCAUCUCUGGCCUUGAUCUCCCAGAUGUAUUCUGGAGGGUGUGGUCACUACCAAGGGACAGCAACUGUCCUUGUGGCCCUCUGAAGAGUUGUCAUGAGUCAGAAUACCCAAGUUGAAGAUGUCACAAAACUGCAAACUGAUGGCCGCGUUGAAGCAGACGACAUGGGAACAGUCAUGGGAGGGGAGGCUGGCGCGGGGAAGGCAAAUUCCCUCCCUCUCACCCUGAAGCACGAAGCCUGAGAGCUGGAGUCUGUGCUUAAUUAAAUGUCUAACUGGUCUGCA